GUUCUCACUUAGGGGAGGAAGGCAGAGAGGAGAGCAGGUGAUGUGGGAGCCGGCGGGGAUAUUUGCCGGCGACACCGAGCGUGGGCCGGAAGUGGAGGAGCCGAGAGCGGCGCCGCAAGAGCUCCGGGCUAGACCGUGGCGACGGCGGCGGCCCCUCGGCUGGCGGAGGACGAUGAGGAGCGACGGAAGCGGCGCGUUGGGACGCUGCUGCGCGGCGCCGGGUUCCGAGUCCGCGGCCAACUGCGCAGCCUGCGAGCAGGUCUAAGAUACUUACGGAGAGCAACCAUGGAAAAGUCCUGGAUGCUGUGGAACUUUGUUGAAAGAUGGCUAAUAGCCUUGGCUUCAUGGUCUUGGGCUCUUUGCCGUAUUUCUCUUUUACCUUUAAUAGUGACUUUUCAUCUGUAUGGAGGCAUUAUCUUACUUUUGUUAAUAUUCAUAUCAAUAGCAGGUAUUCUAUAUAAAUUCCAGGAUGUAUUGCUUUAUUUUCCAGAACAGCCAUCUUCUUCACGCCUUUAUGUCCCCAUGCCCACUGGUAUUCCACAUGAAAACAUUUUCAUCAGAACCAAAGAUGGAGUGCGUCUAAAUCUUAUUUUGAUAAGAUACACUGGAGACAAUUCACCCUAUUCCCCAACUAUAAUUUAUUUUCACGGGAAUGCAGGCAACAUAGGUCACAGGUUACCAAACGCGUUGCUUAUGUUGGUUAACCUUAAAGUUAAUCUUUUGCUUGUUGAUUAUCGAGGAUAUGGGAAAAGCGAAGGAGAAGCCAGCGAGGAAGGACUCUACUUAGACUCUGAAGCUGUGCUAGACUAUGUGAUGACUAGACCUGACCUUGACAAGACAAAAAUUUUCCUUUUUGGCCGUUCCUUGGGAGGAGCAGUGGCUAUUCAUUUGGCCUCCGAAAAUUCACACAGGAUUUCAGCCAUUAUGGUGGAGAACACAUUUCUAAGCAUACCGCAUAUGGCCAGCACUUUAUUUUCCUUCUUUCCGAUGCGUUACCUUCCUUUAUGGUGCUACAAAAAUAAAUUCUUGUCCUACAGAAAAAUCUCUCAGUGCAGAAUGCCUUCUCUUUUCAUCUCUGGACUCUCUGACCAGUUAAUUCCGCCAGUGAUGAUGAAGCAACUCUAUGAACUCUCCCCAUCUCGGACUAAGAGAUUAGCCAUUUUUCCGGAUGGAACUCAUAAUGACACGUGGCAGUGCCAGGGCUACUUUCCCGCCCUCGAACAGUUCAUCAGAGAAGUCCUCAAAAGUCAUUCUCCAGAAGAAAUGGCGAAAACUUCCUCUAACGUAACAAUCAUAUAAUGUUGUUCCUUUUGAUUCAUGCACUGUAUUUUAAUUUGUGCAGAAUGAUAAAGAAUGUUCCUUUCUAGAAGUGUGUUAUGUCUGUACUUGUCUGAAGAGUGACAUUAAACUUUGAAAGGACUUCAGUGCUCCUUUGAGAUGAUCCAAAUAGUUUUUUACAUUUGAAGAACUAGAAUUCUUGGGAUUCUUUCAUACGUUUUCAUCCAACCUUUCAAUGUGGUUAUGGAUCCAUACCUUUAGUUUAAUAUGCCAGUGUAAUAGCAUAUUGUAUUCAAAAGUUUCUUGUUGCCUAAGUGGUGUGUGCUCUGUGACACUUGGAUUAAUGGCGGGGUGUGGAAGGAGAUUUGUGAACGAGAAACCUUUGAGUAUCUGCCUUUAGUAAAUACCAGGACAAUCAUGGUAAGCAAACGUAGUCUGUAACUGCAUUCUUCCCCUUAACAGUUAAAAUGAAAUGCAUGAUGGUAUUUUAUUCCUUGAAUUAUGCAAUGCAAUGUUUUUAAUGUAAAUACUACUGGUCAUAUACCGAUGUAUAUGGUAACCUGGAUCAUAUCUAUUUUUAUGUAAACUCUAUUUUGUUCUUGGCAAGAAGUGAAAUUGAGGCCUGUGUGCAGGUUGCCACUGACUUUUGCUCUGGUGAAUGCUGAGAUCCAGUUUUUUCUUACGAAUAAAUGGGACCCCAUUUUCCAAUAUAAAUGUACCAUGUUUUGUUAGGUACAGUCUGGAUCAUGGCAUGUAAAAAUAGAAAUUUAGAAUUUUACUGCAGCUUUGAUGUGCAUAUUUGAACUUUUUAACAUUUGUAAUUUUGGUGGCAAAGAGAAUUUUAGCUUCUGUCAGUUUUGUACGUCUACAGCUGAACCACUAAUAGCAGUCAUAAUGACAAUUAGAACUUGUUUAAGAAUUAAAUUAGCAAGUCUUAUCAUUACAUGAUUGUACAUGCUAUUUUACAGAAAUUCCCACAUUUGAUUUUUAAGUCCAGUAUCUAGGUAUAUCUAGCCCACUAAAGUCAAGAUAUCAUUUAUUGGACUUUCUGAAAAUAAAAGUUACAAAAACAAAAGCAAAAAAGCUGUUCUUUGAUUUAAUGUUUCAGUUGUUACGAUAGCACUCAAAGACAGUUGCAGGAAGUCUUAUCUAUUUUUCUCCUACAUGUAGGAAUGUAGGAGUGAAGGAACUCUAGAGCAUUUUCUUACAGAAUCUAUUACCACAUUAACAAUUAAGUGGCUGUAAGUGAGAAGUAGCAUUUACACGUGUCGAAGAGUAAGAAAAAUCCUACUUAAAAAAAAAAGAGCCCCUAAAACUUGCAGGAUUUACCUUAAAAAAUAUAAGCUAUGAGGUAUGAUUGUGCUAAGUUGUUUCAAGUUGUCCUCAAAAAUUAGGGGUAAUUGAGCUCUGUACAUUACAUUAUGUCAGCUUUAAUGUACCAUAUUUUGAAUAUUUUAGCUGUAUUUAUUGGCCUUGUGCAAGCAGCUAGGGCAGAGAAAUAAUGGGUCAAUGUUCUUGACCUUAAUUUUAAAAUCUUUCCGUGGAGAUAGGGCUAGAAAUACUUUUGCCAAAUCACAGUCUUAUUCACUUUAUGUCAGUAUUUAGAAAAAAAUACAUUCUAGCAAGUAUGAUUUCUGAAGGACACUGUUUUUCUAUAAAUUAUUGUUAGAAAGUCAUGCUUUAAAAAAAAAGUUGGUGAUGCAUAUCGUGGAAGGUGUAUUUUUGUGUAUAAAUUCACCACGAUUAAAGGAUACUUUUCAUCUUGUCAAUCAUUGCUAUGUAGAAUGACUAUCCUGAGUAGUAAUGUGUUAAAAAGAAAAGAGUUAAUACAACAAAUGUAGUGUCCUUAGACAUGAGCUUACUUGGCACACCUUAGACUUGUGUCAUUCUUUAAAGUUUACAGAGUGU